CCCUCAGCCAUUCCUCCUAGGGGAGAUGCUCCAGUCUCCGUUCACAACGGGGCAUCUGCCCUGGAUGUCUCAACAAGUUUGCUACAAGUCCCUGUACGAAUCCAUGAACUAGAAGCAGUCGAUGGGUGCGCUCUCGCUUUCUGUAUCUGGAACUGAUUCCAGUAGCUGCAAUCAGAGUCAAAUACAUGGUUUAUGUUCAGUGGCCCCACAAAUUAAAGGGGAAGGAGGUUGAAUUCGUUAAUGAAUAGUAGCAGUUCCCAUGCAGAGCCAAGAGUCAAUAAAUUUCUGUAAGACCUGACUCUCUCUCAGCCGUGUUCUGCCAAAGUAAUUAAUAAAACAAGUUGUUAAACAUCAGCUGUGUUUUCUAGAGCCUAGGCUUUUCGUUUGAGCCUCUCUCAAAUUUAGGCUUCCCCUUUUCUUUUCGGAAACUUGUCUCAAUGGGCCUGCCUCUUAUCCUGCCUUUAUCCGGCCUUCUCCUCUGUCACCAGGAUGAAUAUUGGGUUCUGCAGCAUCUCCACAAACGUGUUCCGUGGUACCAGGAUCCCUCUGCAGUCCUAUGGGAGCUGGUUUAGCCCGCGAUCAGGCUCGGAGGGGCCCGCUUUGAGUUGAGUUCCGGUUCCAGAACGUUCCGGUUCCAGAAUGUUCCAGUUGGAAUCAACACUUCAUUUGGUGAUCAGAUCUGGGAUGUGUUCAUUGCUCCUGUUCACGACCAUCAGUGGACCAAGGCACAUGCUGCUGCCCUGUCUAGGAUCUGUGCUGAUCCAGAGGUGCCCAUCGCUACCUUCUAGGGCUCUGAAGAUGUCAAACAGCAACACAACCCAGGAGUCUCUGGAAAUAAUGAAGGAGUCUGAAAAAAAGGUGGUUGAGGAAUCUGUGAACAAAACCAAAUAUGUAUCCAGGUCACCGAGCAAGGAGGAGGUGGAGAAGGAUGGGGGGGAGGAGGUCAGCGUGCGCCAGGAAUCCCAGAGGCGAACUUCAAGUCAUGGACAUGCCAGAAAAAGAGCCAAGUCUAAUUCGAAGCUUAAACUGGUCAGGAGUUUGGCUGUAUGCGAAGAGUCGUCUGGCCCCUUUGUAGAUGGGCUGCUGGAGUCCCAGGACAUCAUUCAGUUGCACGUUAGCUGCCCCUCUGACAAGGAAGAGGAAAAGUCCACGAAGGAUGGGGCUGAGAAAGAAGAAAAAGACAAGAAUAAAGAAAAGGCACCAAGGAAAAUGCUGUCUCGAGAUUCCAGCCAGGAAUAUACAGACUCCACUGGAAUAGAUUUGCAUGAAUUUUUAGUAAAUACACUGAAAAAAAACCCACGGGAUAGAAUGAUGCUACUAAAGUUAGAACAGGAGAUUCUGGAAUUUAUCAGUGAUAACAACAAUCAGUUUAAGAAGUUUCCCCAGAUGACCUCAUACCAUAGGAUGCUGCUGCACCGGGUAGCUGCCUACUUCGGCAUGGACCAUAACGUUGACCAAACUGGGAAGGCGGUCAUUAUCAACAAGACCAGUAACACACGAAUCCCUGAGCAGAGGUUCUCUGAGCACAUCAAAGAUGAGAAGAAUGCAGAUUUCCCACAGAGGUUUAUCCUAAAACGAGAUGAUACCAGCAUGGACCGAGAUGAUAAUCAGAUCAGACUCCCCUUGCAGGAUGGGAGAAGGAGCAAAUCUAUAGAAGAGCGAGAGGAAGAGUAUCAGCGGGUCAGGGAGCGGAUAUUUGCACGAGAGACCGGCCAGAAUGGAUAUCUCACUGACAGCAGGGGCAACCGGGACAGUUUGAACCGGGCCUCAGGCAGCCGCCAGAGCAGCACGGAGAGUGAGAUAAAGUCACUGGAGCCUCGGCCGUGGAGCAGCACAGACUCCGAUGGCUCCAUCCGCAGCCUGCGACCGCCUGUUACCAAAGCCAGCAGCUUCAGUGGCAUCUCCAUCCUGACGCGAGGGGACAGCAUCGGGAGUAGCAAAGGCAGCACUGCCGGCAGAACGUCCCGGGCAGAAGGCCCGUGGCAUUUACAGAAAGCCCUGACUUGGGCCCGAUGCUUUCCCGACAAGACGGAGGGCACAUCCCUCCGAAGGACGAGUUGCACCACAGAUGUGGUUUUACCACCCUGUGCCAACCCUGCCAGCACCCGCACCAAGCACGCUCCAUCCUGCGAGCAGAGGCCGGCUGGAGGCAUCACCCAAGCCUGGCGUUGGCCUUUUGGUUUCCCGCAGUUCCGAGUAGCGAUGAAGGUUUGCACAAAGAGCAACUAUCGGAGAGCUGGGGGUACCAACUCUGCCAUGCCUUUCUCUGUUCAAGGUUUGGUACUAGGGGCCCCUGAAGCAUGCAGCCAGUCCAGCCCUGGCCUCCUCCCCUGCACAGCCCAGCAGCCUCAACCGCAGCCGCCCCAACAGCCACCACCGCAGCCCCAGGGACUUCCACCCGCAGCCCAGCAGCAGCCAGCCAUGAGUAACCACAUGAUAUCCCAGCCGGUCCCAGCGCUGCAGCCUGUUCAGUAUUCUCCAAGCUCCUGCCCCCAAGUCCUCUUGCCAGUCUCUCCACCCCAGCAGUACAACUUGGCCGACGAACUCAGCAACCCCUUUGGGCAGAUCAGCCUCAGCCGCCAGGGCUCAACAGAAGCACCGGAUCCUUCCUCGGCUAUGUUCCAGUCAUCCCUAAUCUCCCAGCAUCCCCAGCAGACGGGAUUCAUCAUGGCAACCCCUGGGCAGCCCAUUCCCACCUCCAGCUACUCCGCCUCGGGGCACACGGCCCCCACUCAGCAGGUGCUGCAGCCCCAGGGCUACAUUCAGCCUCCCCAGCAAAUUCAGGUUUCUUACUACCCUCCUGGGCAGUACCCGAACUCCAGCCAGCAAUACCGAUCUCUCAGUCACCCAGUGGCCUACAGCUCCCAGCGCACCCAGCAGCUCCCCCAGCAGUCCCAGCAGCCUGGUUUACAGCCAAUGAUGUCCAACCAGCAGCAAACAUACCAAGGUGUAAUGGGGGUGCAGCAGGCACAGCCCCCCGGGCUCCUCAACAGCCAGAGGAACAGCAUGGGGGGCCAGAUGCAGAGCGUGAUGGGAGUGCAGCAGGCGCAGCCCCCUGGCCUUCUCAGCAGCCAGAGGAGCGGGAUGGGGAGCCAGAUGCAAGGCCUGAUGGUCCAGUACACCCCACUGCCUUCGUACCAGGUUCCCGUGGCCAACGAGUCCCAGAGUGUGGUCCAGCAGCCCUUCCAGCAGCCAGUGCUUGUACCAGCCAGCCAGUCUGUUCAGGGAGGGCUUCAGGCUGGAGGGGUACCCAUCUACUACAGCGUCAUCCCAACCGCCCAGCAGAACGGCACCAGCCCUUCGGUGGGGUUCCUUCAGCCACCUGGCUCUGAACAGUAUCAGAUGCCGCAGUCCCCAUCGCCCUGCAGCCCGCCGCAGAUGCAGCAGCAGUAUUCAGGGGUGACGCCGUCAGGUCCUGGCGUGGUGGUGAUGCAGCUGAAUGUACCCAAUGGCCCCCAGGCCCCCCAGAAUCCCCCUGUGGUGCAGUGGAGCCACUGUAAGUACUACAGCCUGGACCAGCGGGGGCAGAAGCCAGGAGACCUGUACAACCCAGACACCAGUGCUCAGGCCAGCACCCAGCUGAACAGCCCCAUCACGUCCCCCACCCAGUCCCCGACGCCGUCUCCUGUCACCAACCUCAACAGCGUCUGCACGGGGCUGAGCCCCCUCCCUGUCCUCACACAGUUCCCGCGGCCCAUGGGCCCAGCACAAGGGGUUGGGCGCUAUUCGUUGCUGGGCCAGCCGCUGCAGUAUAACCUGUCUAUCUGUCCCCCACCGCUGCUCCACAACCAGCCCAACUACAAUGCACACCAGGGGCAGACUGGAAUGAAACACGGAAACCGGAGCAAGAGACAGGCCCUCAAGUCAGCAUCCACUGACCUUGGGACAAGUGACGUAGUGGUGGGCCGAGUGCUGGAGGUGACAGACCUGCCCGAGGGCAUCACACGGACAGAGGCUGACAAGCUCUUCACCCAGCUUGCCAUGGCUGGUGCCAAAAUCCAGUGGCUCAAAGAGACUCAGGGGCGCCGUGGAGAUGGGGGCGGCGGAGACAACAACGGGACUCCAGAGAACGGCAGGCACAGUGACCUUGCUGCCUUAUACACCAUCGUGGCCGUGUUCCCCAGCCCGCUGGCUGCCCAAAAUGCCUCCCUCCGCCUCAACAACUCCCUCAGCCGCUUCAAGCUGCGUGUGGCCAAAAAGAACUACGACUUGCGGGUGCUGGAGCGUGCCAGCUCACAGUAGGGCUCACGCAGGGGCGCAGAGCACACUGGACUGCGGGCGCUUCCCUCUGCCUUCUCUUUUCCUUUCUGCCCUCCCUUCCUCUCGCCCUCCUCCCUGGAUAUAUUUAUAUGGACAUAAUUAAGAGACGAGAAAUUGAUUUUUUUUAUUAUUAUUAUUAUUAUUAUGAUUUUUUUGGAGUGAUGCCCGUGCCCGCCCACCUUACCCUGUGUAUAUUGUUUUGUUAAGCACUGUGUUGAACCGCACAUACAGGUGUUGAGGUA